UGUAAAUCUUGGACAGAAUGUGUCACAAGUCCUGAACUUCCUGCGUCCAGAGACUCUGACUCCUGGUGAGAUGACACAGAUGCAGCAACAACUUUCAAGGAAGUCUCAAGCUGAAGCUCAGCUACAAGAAAGAUCUUCUCUUCUUAACCUGCAACAGCUUCUGAAUUACACUUGUGAAGUUCUAGGCCUUUGGAAAGUGCUCUGUGACCACCAGUUUCACAUUAUAACGGGAAUGUUAUCGAAGGACUUGCAAAAUCAGAUGAAAGUACUAACAUGUAGAGACUUUAUUUGUAAUGGAAGAGAGGUUGCUGGAGCUCUAGUCACUGCUCUGAUCAAUAGAUACUUAGAUGACAAUGCUACAACAGAUGCCAUCAGUGGCCGUCUCAGAGAAGUUUGUCCUUCAAUCUUCAAAGUAGAAGAUGCUGUAUUUUCAAAGGCACAUGAAAUGUUAGUGAAUGCAAGAAACAUCCAGAGUAAACAGGAGAAGGAAAAGGUGUUACGGGAAGCUCUGCAGCUUUGUAUGCAAGUCAGUCCCCAGUUAAGCCUGCAAUCUGUGUGCAGUUUGUUUCAACAAGCUCGUUAUUACAGAGGUAUUCUGGACAUAUCACUGUCUGCCGCUCAGCGACGAGAUCCACAAGGUCUAGCCAUACAUUUCUACAAAAAUGGAGAGCCACCAGAGGACCAGCAGGGGUUACAGUAUUAUUCCAAUAGAAUGGAAUGUUACAGAACAGUUAUGGAGAACUUAAGUCACUUGCUAACUGUCAGCACCUCCCUCCCACAGUCUCCCAGCAUUCCAAGAGUUCCCGGUCCCCCACCAACUCGAGAUCCCAACUUAUUGUCACAGGAGGAAGCUAGAGUUUAUUUUGAGCAGAUGUUUCAGCUGGCCCUGAAGUCUGAUGACGAACUUUUCCACGUAGCUUUGUAUGACUGGCUUACAGAACAGCAUCAGACGGAAAGGUUGUUAGAUAUCAAGUCACCAUUUUUGGAGAACUACUUGAAACAGUGUACCACAGCACAGCCAGAUAACCUAGCGUCUGUGGAACUGAUGUGGAAGUUUUACGAAAAGAAUCAGAAUUAUUCUGCAGCUGCGAGGAUUCUAGCGAAACUUGCCGAUCGACAUGGAACCGACAUAAAUCUUCAACAAAGGUUGGAGUAUUUGUCUCGGGCUGUCAUCUGUGUAAAAAGUUCAGAACUGAGAAUAACAACAGCUGGAGAAGGAGAAUUUCUGCAUGAUCUGGAAGAAAAGAUGGAAGUUGCACGGAUCCAGCUACAAGUUCUAGAGGCAUUGAUGAAAAAGUCAAUUCAACUGCCUGUCAUACAAGAUGCUAUAUCUAGGCUCAAUUCUGAUGUUCUGGAUAUAACACAGCUGUAUGAAGAUUUUGCUGAAGUUUACGACUUACCUGAGUGCAAACUUUCCAUUGUACACUGUGCUGGCCAUUAUGACCCGACCUUGAUUGAGAGUUUGUGGCAGAAUAUAAUAGAUAAGGGUAAGAUUGUUGAACAUAAUAUAG